AGGAUUUCCAGGUAGCAGACAGUCUACGGCCCGGGACAGAGGGACCAGGACCAGCCUCGGGAAGGAGAGCUUGUCGUGGACCCUCUUCCUUAUCGAUAUACGACGAGUAAACGUAUCGUUCAGUGUCAGUGUUAACUUUGAAUAUUUACAAGCUUCACGGUUAACAUCUGUGCAAGAAUAAUUUAUUCGAUGACAAUUCAAUGCGUCUCCAUUUAUUCUUGAAACAUUACCCUCAGUGCUUGCGUUUCUAGACAAAUACUAUUAGUGUGAUCAUUAACGUUGCGAUCUGUGGAUCUACGAACAUAUUAUUGGACCCGUGGCCGAGAGAAAAACAAGCCGAGAAGAAGAAAGAACGCGGAGAUGAGCGGAGUCGUUCGGCCGGGAACUGCUCGGAGCACGUGCCUCGCACGCAGAAGGCGCUCCGAGCGGCACCAGGUGCGCUAAUCGAGGACCGAUUUGCGAAACAAAGUGAUACGAUUAAUAGAACGGUUGCAUCACGAUACGUCUUUGUAUUCUCCUAUAUCUGAGGUUUAGCAGCGUUUCACUGACACGAUCUACGAUUUUCGUCGAGAAAGAACCGGCAAGCAGGAAUGCCAGCAGCUCGUGCCGUUAAAGCUUCGAGGACGAUCUCGAUGAUCGCUUCGUUAACGUCUCUUUUGACGUUUAUCGGAAUCGACGGCAUGGGACACGUCAAUGGACACAAUGUUGAUCGUUCUGGCCUUCAUCAAGAUUCAAACACUGCUACGGGACCUGUAUUUAUCGCUCCAGUUGGAAAUCAAACAGCUGCAAUCGGCCGUGAAGUCGUUUUUUCUUGCUGUGUUCGCAAUAUUGGAAAAUAUAAGGUUGGCUGGCUACGUGCCUCGGACCAAACGAUUCUCUCAGUCCACACUAGAACGGUAACGCACAAUGCACGUAUCUCGGUCUCCUAUGAGACCAGCGGAUGUUCCGGGUCCGGCGCAGCGUCCGGUAACGCCUUCGGGGUGACAGGAAGUAGCCAAGCCACGGAGGAAGUCGUCAACGGCACGUGGCGGCUGCACAUUCGUCAGUUGAAGGAGUCGGAUAGAGAUUGUUACAUGUGUCAGAUUAACACCAGCCCGAUGAUAUCAGAACUCGGAUGUUUGGACAUUUUAGUACCGCCGGAUAUCGUCUACGGAGGUGAUACCAGCGCCGACUUGGCAGUUUCGGAAGGUGACAAUGCAACUCUAAGCUGUCGUGCAACGGGAAGGCCAACCCCAAGAGUGUCCUGGCGAAGGGAAGACGGAGAACCUAUUCUCAUAAGGGCCUCUUCUGCUGGUGGUAGCACUUUCGAGAAGCACGAGACCUACAACGGUUCGCUGCUGCAAUUCCAUCGUGUCGAGAGGCGACAAAUGGGGGCGUAUCUGUGCAUCGCUAGCAACGACGUGCCGCCCGCCGUUAGCAAGCGAGUGACACUCGCCGUGAAUUUUGCACCUGUCGUCAAAGCUCCUAAUCAGCUUCUGGGAGCACCUUUGAGCACGGAUGUGCAGCUCGAGUGCUAUGUCGAGGCAUUUCCAAAUACAAUUAAUUACUGGGUAAAGAACCGGCGAGGCUCAGACGACGAAAUGCUGCUCGAAGGGCUCAAGUACAAUGUACGAGAAGAACGAUCCGGAUACAAAGUUCUGAUGUGGUUGUUGAUCAAAGGAUUUACCGAACAAGAUGUGGGCAGUUACAAAUGCGUAUCGACGAAUAGUCUUGGCAAGGCCGAUGGAACCUUAAGGUUAUACGAAAUAAAAAUUGGUUUCGAUAGAUCGUCGCGCGGCAAGGAUCAUGUAUCUAUAAUCGGUGGUCUAGCGGAAGCAGCGCAAAGUUCAGGCGCUAAUAGCGGCGGCAGACGAUUGUUUGGAUGUUGGAAGAAGUUAUCACACUUCUUGUCGAUAUGUCUGUUUGUACCAGUGCUACUGUGGCCGCGGUGAAGAAGGCAUCUGCUGUUGGUCACCGCGAAGCUGAGUGCCGGAUAACUUUGUGCCAAAGGACAAGAAAAGAGGAAGAAUGUUUGUGCGUGUGUGCGCGCGUAUGUUUGAACCUAUACAAAAUCAAAGAGAGUAUUCGAUUCGAGAAAAAAGAAAAAAAGAAAGAAAAAAGCAGAAAAUUCGAAUUAUUUGAAUGUCCGUGUGAAUGAUAAGAAACAGCGAACCAAAGAAAAAAGAAAUAAAACGGAGGCUCGCGUUCUCCACAUCUUCCUAUUUCCCUUUCCUACUUUCAAAUGUCGAAAACAUUUUUAGAUCAAUGGAUGUUGUCAAUGUAUGCGCCCAUUUAGAUUUGCAAUUGAUUUUGCUGAACGUCGAUUAUGAAUCGGCGAAUCAAUGGAACGACGCACCGCCAAAAAUACAAGACUUGGAAACGCUGAAGCAGCUUGGCCCUUCCUAAUAAUGCUUAACGAGACGUUGAUAAUAAUACUUCACAAUCAUCUUAUCAUUGGUAUCAGCGUUGCGGAUAUUUAGACGUCAGGAAAUUCGAUGUUUCGAAAUAAAAAUAUGCGAUCGAA